AUGAUAGGGAAUGUAGGAAAUAUUAAUUGUCCCGGCUGCGACGUCGUUAGAGGAGAAAUGGCUACCACAGCUCCCAACAAUGAACCUCCGGAUGCAGAACCACGCCCUUUAGAAAAUGCAAUCUCCGCACACCCCCUCCUCUCUAACCCUCCACUCCUCUCCCUUCCAGAUAUGAAGCGUUUCUUCUUCUACAGGACUACUAUUUAUAAUGAGUAG